ACCGUAUUGUGCACUGUAGAAGACGGAAAUGCCGGCGCUUAGUUAGAUACACGGGAAUAUGGCCUAAAGCCUAUAAACUGUGCGAGCCAAUUGCAUGCUGUGACUGCAGAGGAGGGUUUUAUUGUAUUUACAGCUAGUUUAAGAUGGAUCUAUUAGCAGGUGAAACGAAAAAUAUUGUGUAAUAUUGUAGCGUGCUAAACAAUCGUUUACUGUUUAUAUUUAUAAGAAUGGCGCAGCUUAUAACAAUGGCGUAUAUGAUUAUUCCCUCAUUAUAAGAGUAAAGAUUUUUUUAUGCCAACAUAACUGUAUAGAGAUACUGGACAUUUGAUCAUCUGGUACAAGGCAUGUGCUGUGGUUUAGAUGGUUUGAAUAUAUUGUUUCACAUGUCUGCCCGUCUUACUAAUCACCAGAAGGAGAAGGCUGAAAAUACAGACGGACAUGCUGGAGUUUGAGUGGGAUUCCGAGGACCUACCCAGGGCUUUGCUCUGUAAAACGCAGACGAUCAUCUGAUAAGUCUAACAUGCCACACAUAAGGUGACCUGUCAGCUGGCAUGCACUGCAUCUGAGGCUACACUGCAGCCAAGCGGCAGCAUCUCCUAAGGCAACUGGACAGACACUGUCAGUUCCAGAGGUAGUGCACCCAGAGCAUUGGAUAGCCAGCCUGACUUCCAAGCCCCAGGAAUGUUUACCCUAACAGAAGUAGCCUCUCUUAAUGAAGUCCAACCAACAUACCGAAUACUGAAACCAUGGUGGGACGUCUUCAUGGAUUAUCUCGGUAUUGUCAUGCUGAUGUUGGCCAUAUUUGCUGGCACCAUGCAGUUAACCAAAGACCAAGUGGCUUGUCUUCCCAUUUUGGAAUCUGGGGAAGAAACAAGCAAGUCAAACACGUUCACAGUGCAAAGGCCAUCUGAGAGCGCUACCACUGGGAAUGUGGUGAAUGUCAACAGGGUCACGCUAGCUGCUGCACCACUAAGUUCUAAGGAUCAACCAGACAGUAUUGUUCGUGAAUUCCAUUUCUCUCAGUCAGUCUCCGUCAAAGAAGACAAGAUACCAGGUCAGCCUUUGGCAACAGGGGUUAAAACAAAUUUGGAUUUUCAACAGUAUGUCUUUGUUAACCAGAUGUGCUACCAUGUAGCCUUGCCUUGGUAUUCAAAGUACUUUCCGUACCUCGCUCUCAUCCAUACCAUUGUACUCAUGGUCAGCAGUAACUUUUGGUUCAAGUACCCAAAGACUAGUUCUAAAAUUGAACAUUUUGUAUCAAUCCUGGGGAAAUGUUUUGAGUCUCCUUGGACUACAAAAGCUUUGUCUGAGACAGCCUGUGAGGACUCGGAGGAGAAUAAGCAGAGACUUACCGGUGCCCCCUCUUUACCGAAGCAUUUUUCAAUGAGCAGUGAAGAGGGAAGUCCUAACCAAUCUGCUCCUGUGUUGACAAAAGCAGGGGUGAAAUUCUCCACUGAGAAGCCUGUUAUUGAAGUUCCGAGCAUGACAAUCCUAGAUAAGAAAGACGGAGAGCAGGCUAAAGCUCUUUUUGAGAAGGUGAGAAAGUUCCGUGCCCAUGUUGAGGACAGUGAUAUGAUCUACAAGCUUUAUGUUGCACAAACCAUUAUCAAAACAGUGAAGUUCAUUUUGAUCCUUUGUUACACUUUAACUUUUGUUGCCUCCAUCAAUUUUGAUCACAGGUGUGAACCUAAUAUCAAACACCUAACUGGGUAUGCAAGCUUCCACUGUACGCAUAAUAUGGCAUACAUGUUAAAGAAGCUACUUGUUAGUUAUAUCUCUCUUAUAUGUGUCUAUGGCCUAGUAUGCAUUUACACUUUGUGUUGGCUCUUUUGGCGUCCUCUGAAGGAGUACUCCUUUGAGAAGGUCAGAGAGGAGAGCAGCUUCAGUGACAUUCCGGAUGUCAAGAAUGACUUUGCUUUUCUUUUGCACAUGGUUGACCAAUAUGAUCAGCUCUACUCCAAGCGUUUUGGUGUAUUUCUAUCCGAGGUAAGUGAGAACAAGCUACGAGAGAUAAGUCUGAACCAUGAGUGGACCUUUGAGAAGCUGCGUCAGCAUGUGACUCGUAACAGCCAAGACAAGUUAGAACUACAUCUCUUUAUGCUUUCUGGAGUUCCUGAUGCAGUGUUUGAUCUCACUGACCUGGAAGUCCUAAAACUGGAGCUAAUUCCUGAAGCUAGGAUCACAGCUAAGAUUUCCCAAAUGACUAAUAUUCAGGAGUUGCAUUUUUAUCACUGUCCUGCCAAAGUUGAGCAGACUGCAUUCAGUUUUCUUCGUGACCACCUUCGGUGCCUUCAUGUCAAGUUUACAGACGUUGCAGAGAUUCCCACGUGGGUAUAUUUGUUGAAGAACUUGAAGGAACUAUAUUUGGUGGGCAACCUGAACUCUGAAAAUAACAAAAUGAUUGGUUUAGAAUCACUCCGUGAUUUGAGGAAUUUAAAGAUCUUGCAUCUGAAGAGCAAUCUCACAAAAAUUCCUUCGAACAUCACAGAUCUUUCCCCGCAUCUCACAAGACUGGUGGUGCAUAAUGAUGGUACUAAACUUUUGGUACUCAACAGUCUGAAGAAGAUGAUGAACUUAGCUGAACUGGAAUUACAUAAUUGUGAACUGGAACGAAUCCCUCACGCUAUCUUCAGUUUGACUAACCUGCAGGAGUUGGAUCUCAAAUCAAAUAAUAUCCGGACCAUUGAAGAAGUCAUUAGUUUCCAGCAUCUCAAAAGAUUAAUAUGUCUGAAAUUGUGGCAUAACAAAAUCAUUACAAUUCCUUUGUCUAUAAGCUAUGUCAAAAACCUUGAAUCCCUCUACCUUUCACAUAACAAAUUAGAGUCUUUGCCUUCAUCACUAUUCAGUCUACCCAAGUUGAGGUACUUGGAUGUGAGUCAUAACUCCAUUGUUGUGAUUCCACUUGAAGUGGGGUUCUUGCAAAACCUCCAGCAUUUUGCUAUCUCAAGUAACAAGAUUGAGGUUGUGCCCAAGCAACUCUUCAAAUGCACCAAGCUAAAGACAUUGUGUCUUGGACAGAAUUCUAUUUCUAGCCUACCCGAGAAAAUAGGCCAGUUGGUGCAUCUCACACAUUUGGAAUUAAAAGGAAAUUGUUUGGAUCGGCUUCCAGCCCAGCUGGGGCAAUGUCGCUUCCUCCGAAAAAAUGGUCUUAUUGUUGAAGACCAUCUUUUUGACACACUUCCUCUGGAAGUUAGAGAAGGCAUCAGUCAAGAAUCCAGUGUUAGUUUUGGAAAUGGUGUUUAGGUAGAGACAAUCAGCAGAACGUAUUGUUACUCAUAAAAACACAUUUAACAUCACUUGCAAUCAGUGGUGACAGUUGACUGAAGCUUCUGGUUUGCAGAUCAGUAGGGUGUGCUUUGACCUUUUAUGCUGAAGGAAAACAUUAACGGCAACCAACACUUUUAAAAUGAUUUUUUACUAUAAAUGAAUUUGGUCUCAUCAACAUAUUGUUUAUUAAUUUAUUUAGACAACUUUGGAAAAUAUUAGCCACUGUGUUAGUUAAAAAUAGCAUAUUAUUUGACGAUGUACACAGUAUUAGUGAGAUAUGGUUUAGUAACUUAAUCAUGAUUUUUUUUUUUAUUGUUUUGGAAAUUGCUUUUCUUAAAUUUUUCAGUUAUGGAAGUUUCACUGAAGCAAAUGAUUAGUUCUCUUUCUAAAGCAUACAAAGCAGAUCACCUCCUAGCCUUUGAAUUGCAAAGUCUCAAGUUCUUUUCCUUAACCAUCUACCUGCUGUCCUGGAUCUUCAGUGCAUAUGAGUUAGUUCAGAGGAUUCUCUACCUCACUUAAAAAAAUUUUCCUUCAUACCUACAUAUAUACAUGUGGUGGCCAUUUUAUUAGUUAUGCCUGAAGUCUGACAUCAACAAUCACACCAUGUUAAAAUCCCUUACAUUAUCAAACUAAGUCAUUCUAAUGCUUAUUCAUACAGUAACUUAACCUCAGUUAGUUUCAGCUGCCUGAUUUGCUGUUGGUAGGAGCAUGUUGUUUAUGUUAAUGAGCAGGUACCAAAACACUGACCCCUGGGUUGUUUGUGUGUAUAUAAGCAACUUUAUGUUUUAUGUUGGUCAGAUUUUUACUUGACCAGUCCAUUUCAUUUAAAAGGCUCUGAACGUAUUAUACUUAAUGAAGUACAGAUAAGGAAAUUAUGUAGACUAAUAGCAUGUCUUUCAGAUGCAUUGUUUUUGCGCCAUUUAAAAAAAACAAAACAUAAAAAAAACGUUGGAGUACCAGCAGAUGGCGCUCUUCCCUUUUAAAUCCAUUCCAGAUACCAUGUGUUACGUAAAUAUGUCACCAACAGUUCACAUUGUCCACAUUUUUACGUUCUUACGUUCUCCAAGUAAAAAACUUAAAAUGUUGUGUUUUACUUAA